AUGUUUCGCAAUAUCCCUCCAAAUCCACAACAGCAGCAACAGCAACAGUCAUAUCCACCUCAGCAGUAUGCCCAACAGCAACAGCAACAGCAACCGCAGUUCAAUCAGCAACAGUCUCAGCAGCAGCAACAACAGCAACAGCAGCAAGCAGCAAGUACUGUAGAUGGAGGUUCAGGUUCUAAUGGCGGAUCAGGUCAACAGGAGAUGAACCUCGCCAGUGUAUUGCAUUACUUGCAAUCUGAAUGGAGGAGGUGGGAGAGGGAUAGGAAUGAAUGGGAGAUUGAAAGAGCGGAGAUGAGAGCAAGAAUAGCUUUGUUAGAAGGUCAAAGGCGAUCGGCUGAGAAUUUAAAGGUUGAUCUACUGAGAAGAGUGAAAAUGCUGGAAUUCGCUUUACGUCAGGAAAGGACUAAAUCGGUCAGUUCAGCAUCUGGAAAAGUAUCCAGCAUACCACCUUCGAAAUUGGCCUUGUUGCAAGAUGAGGACAGGAUGUCUACCGGUAGUAAAGAUGAGAAUAAGGAAGGUAGCGGAAGUGAAGGUAGUCAGGAGGAUCUCGCCGAAAGAUCCUCCGGCUCGAUACCACCACCUUCAAAGAUGAAUGGUAUCCAUCCUGUCUCAUUGGGUAAAUCGACUCAACCUUUCAGACCAUCUACAACGGAUUCCAACUCUUCCUCCUCCGCUUGGAAGAACAUAGGUUCUGCACCGAGAGAUCCCAAAUCUCGUGCGAGAAGUAGGGAAUAUCUGAAACAAUGUCUCCAAGAAAUAAGUUAUUUGACUUCACCCGGAGCUCUCAAUCCUUUACCACCUCGACCUCCUGUCGAUCCAAGUUAUCCAUUGACUGAUCCUACCAAUCCUGAAAAUCUCGUCGAACCGUUAGAUAGACCUAGAAAAUCCUUACCGGAACAAAAUAUACCUUCAAUGUUCGCUUCUUCAACAACAGCAGCAACAGAGCAAACCCAACCGAAUGAGAAUAAUAAUGAUAAUCGGCAUCAUGAGCAGAGUCGUUCCUUACCUAAUGGAGAAUCUAAAGAAGAUCCACCAGUCCAAUCUGGCGAUAUGUCUUUAGAUCCGACGGCCAAACCCCCUUCUUCACCUGCACCUAGAACUGUUAAUCUUCCUCCUCCCUCCGACACACAGACUGAACAUCAACUACAACCGAAAUCACAGAUUGAUACUCAACUGCCCUCUGAGCAAGGUGAUAAUCAGAUUUUGACGGCGAUUUAUAGACCGGAUAGUAAGGCUGCGUGGAGGGAGGAAUUGAGGAAUGCUAAUGAGAUGGCUGAGAAGGCAAAAGAAGAUCGUAAACCACCCACUUCCUCAUCAUCAGACGAAGAUCAAUUAUCCUCCCUGACGCUUAACGUGGAAGAGGACGAUCCGAAACCCACCGAUGACAGUUCAAUCAACGGUCCGGAAGAUAAAGUCUGGACAACCAGAAGAAGUCUUAAGUCGCACUUAGACAUCGUCCGGGCAAUCGCUUUUGCCCACGGACCUGGAGUGGUACUGGCAACAGGAGGUGAUGAUUGUACGGUGAAAGUUUGGGGAGUUGACUUAGGCAGUGUGAUGAGUCAGAAACCAUCUGCUCAAGAGAUUGAGCCUUUGAUAACCUAUCGAGGACAUACCGCCCCCAUAACUUCGAUAGUAAUAUCCAGCUCCUUAUCAAUCAUAUUCUCAGCUUCCUUGGAUUCAACUAUCAGAUUAUGGAAAUUACCCUCGGUGCAUCACGAUCCAUACUCGAAUUAUGAUUCCUCAUUGGCCAUUCAGACGUUAGAGGGUCAUACGGAUGCUAUAUGGGAUUUGAAACUGUUACCUUUCAGGGAAGUCAACGGUAAGAAGUUGAAUGGGAAAUUGAUCUCGGCCAGUUCAGAUGGAUCAAUCAAAAUUUGGAUCAAAUCGACUUCGAUUUCGGGUGAUCAAGGUGGACAAGGUGGACAAGGUGGAUGGCAAUUGAAAUCUAGCUUUUCAGAUAUUUUCGAUCGAUCAAAAGAUGAGAUUCCGACAUGUUUGGAAAUAUGUAAUUCCGAUUAUGGGAAUAUAUAUAUAGGUACGAAUAGGGGAAGGGUAUUGUUAUUUGAUACGGACUCUGAUGAUGGUAGGGUUUUACAAGUAUUUGGUGAAGAGUCUCGAGAUUCAAAUUCACAGAUCAACGCUGUUCUGAGUCACCCGACUUUACCUGCCAUCGUCACUGCAGGUGAAGAUGGUUAUAUAAGGUUUUACGAUAUAAAAUCUAAUUCAUCCACUCCAACUCAUUCGAUCCUCGCUCAUCCAUCACCCAUAACUUCCCUCUCCAUCUCACCUUUAUCCCCUACGUGCAUCUUAACAUCCUCGACCGACUGUCUCGUCAGAUUAUGGGAUUUAGGCAAGAAGACUUGUAUACAGGAUUUAUCGGGACACAGAGAGAGGUCAGGCGAAGGUGUCAACAUGGUGGCUUCACAUCCUGAAUUACCUAUUGUCGGUACAGCUGGUGCGGAUGGUGUAGUCAGAUUAUGGGGUGCAGGAUGA